CUCUCUCUAUCUAACCCACCUCUUCUUCCCACUCUCACUUCUCUCUGGCAACUCCCUUGAUCAGAGAAUCCCUCUAGUAUCAGAGAGAGAGAGAGAGAUGGAAGGAGGAGUAGGGAAAACUAGGCAGAGGAGCUCGAGAAAAAGAGAGAAGGAGGUUUUCCAUGUUAUCCACAAGGUUCCUUCGGGAGAUAGUCCUUACGUUCGAGCCAAAUAUGCUCAGCUGAUCCUGAAGAACCAAGAAACGGCAAUAGUAUUGUUUUGGAAGGCAAUAAACGAAGGAGAUAGAGUAGAUAGUGCACUCAAGGACAUGGCUGUGGUGAUGAAACAGCAGGACAGAGCUGAAGAAGCCAUUGAAGCCAUUAAAUCCUUUAGGUAUCGUUGCUCCAAACAGGCUCAAGAGUCGCUGGAUAAUGUCCUCAUCGACUUAUACAAGAAAUGUGGAAGAAUCGAUGAAGAGAUUGAGCUGCUAAAGCAAAAGCUUAGGUUGAUAUACCAGGGGGAGGCAUUCAAUGGCAAGCACACCAAGACGGCCCGCUCUCAUGGGAGGAGGUUUCAGGUUUCCAUCAAGCAAGAGACUUCUAGGAUACUUGGAAAUUUGGGUUGGGCUUAUAUGCGACAAACAAACUAUGUGGCUGCUGAGGUGGUUUAUCGAAAGGCCCAAUUGAUCGAGCCGGAUGCAAACAAGGCCUGCAACUUGGGGUUAUGCCUAAUCAAACAGGGAAGAUACAAUGAAGCCCGGUCUGUUCUUGAAGAUGUCUUGAAAUGUAGAAUUACUGGUUCAAAUGACUCAAAGUUGAGAAAUCGUGUAGACCAACUAGUUCGUGAGCUGGAAUCUUUGCAAUCAGCCGAGUUUUUAUCGACUCAAUUGGGCCAGAACCUAGAAGAAAUUUUUGCACAAGGGCUCGACCAACUUUUGAGUGAAUGGAGGAAACCUCCCAUAUUUGAAGAAAUCUCCCAAUUUAGGGAUCAGGUAGCUUGUUGAUUCAAGUUUCCCUUUUUUCAAUUGCAUUCAAUAUAUUUUUUCCUUCUUGGGAUAAAGAACACAGACUAGUGGUGUGGGUUUUGCGCUUCGAUACAGGAGUGGUUCCAUCUAGGGGUGAAACAGUAUCAGGUAUUCAA